UCUCGUCUCCAGUUUGCCAUGGCGACAGUGGUGAUGGAGCAGAUCGGUCGCCUGUUCAUCAACGCGCAGCAGCUGCGCCAGAUCCCUCAGCUGCUGGAGUCGGCCUUCCCCACGCUGCCUUGCACUGUGAAGGUGUCUGACGUUCCCUGGGUGUUCCGCGAGCGUCACAUUCUCACCGGCUACAGACAGCCGGACCAGAGCUGGCGCUACUACUUCCUCACCCUCUUCCAAAGGCACAAUGAAACCCUCAAUGUGUGGACCCAUCUACUGGCCGCUCUCAUCAUCUUGGUGAAGUGGCAGGAGAUCUCAGAGACUGUUGAUUUUUUGCGAGACCCUCAUGCUCAGCCCCUCUUCAUUGUCCUCCUGGCAGCCUUCACCUACCUCUCCUUCAGCGCGCUCGCUCAUCUCCUCUCUGCCAAGUCCGAGCUCUCCUGCUACACCUUCUACUUCCUCGACUACGUGGGGGUCGCUGUCUACCAGUAUGGCAGUGCUCUGGCACACUACUACUAUGCCAUAGAAAAAGAGUGGCACACUAGGGUGCAAGGACUUUUUUUACCUGCAGCAGCAUUCCUGGCCUGGCUCACUUGCUUCGGCUGCUGCUAUGGCAAAUAUGCCAGUUGUGAGACACCCAGGUUUGUCCUCAAGCUCUUCCAAGUGGUGCCCUCAGCCUUGGCUUAUUGUUUAGACAUAAGCCCUGUGGUUCACCGCAUCUACAGCUGCUACCAGGAGGGCUGCUCCGACCCAACUGUGGUGUACCAUUUCUAUCAUGUGCUCUUUUUCCUAAUUGGCGCCUAUUUCUUCUGCUGCCCUCACCCAGAGAGCUUGUUCCCUGGGAAGUGUGACUUCAUUGGGCAGGGCCAUCAGAUCUUUCACGUGUUUGUGGUGGUGUGCACCCUGACGCAGAUCGAGGCACUGCGAACAGACUUCACAGAGCGCCGUCCCUUCUAUGAGCGUCUUCACGGUGAUCUUGCACACGACGCUGUGGCACUCUUCAUCUUCACUGCCUGCUGCAGUGCUCUUACCGCUUUUUAUGUACGCAAGCGUGUACGUGCCUCUCUUCACGUGAAGGGGGAGUAAGAAUUCAAUUGAGUAAAAAAAAAGAAAAAGUCUAAUUUAUUUUAUUCUGUGGUGACCAUUAAUUAGAAUAAUUCACAUGUUUUUGUCAAUGAAAGUUAUAGUUUGUGACAGUGACUUAUGAUUAUCUCUUCUCCGUGAUUUGCCAAAAUAGAGUGAGCUAUAAAAGUGAUUCAAGUUGUGUUUUUGUGACUUUCACUGAGGAAAAGGGAAUCUUGUAAUUUGCUGGUAGCAAUACAGGUACUGCUUAACCACUGUAAUGAUGCCUUGCAUCUCGACUCUGCUCUUUUAUUUCUCUGCAAGGUUUUUAUCAAGUCAUACUCUAAAGGAAUGUUUUACUUUACCAUACAAAAAUACACGUUCUGCCAAGGUGAGCAGAAAACGAAAGAGACUGGUCUCUUAAGAUGCCUUUUACCUAUUUGUAUUUAGAAUAAUCUCACUAUCUUAAACACACUGUAGCAUUUCAAAUCAUGCUAGCAUUUAUUUUUACAGUUUGCAGUCCAUUAACACUUUGUAUAUUGCAGUCAGAUACCAGUUCCAAUCCAAUUUAAACUGAUGCUCUUACCUAGGUGAGUACCUUGCUGACACUUCAAUGUUUUUCUUGCUCCUGAUUCUGCCCCUCUCUUUAGGGAUCAAAGCAGGAUUUUUUUUAAUCUUUUAAUUUAUUAAGGCGCUAACACUGUGCCAUGCAAAUGUUUGAGCAUAUUCUGGGAAGGUUGAGAACCCAAUUUGAAAACCAAAUAUUGUACCUCUUAAAAGAAAAAAAAAAAGAAAAAAAAAAAAAGAGUGGGUGAUACCAUUCUGUUGAAUUAUGUUGAAAUUUAGGUUGGCAUUCAGUAAUGGUCAAGAGAUGGAUGGUCGAGUACUGAUGUCUUUUUGUUGUUGUGACAGUGUUAAUCUUUUUUUAUUCAAAGGGCUGGAACUUCAGCUUUUGCCUUUUCACAUCCCAUGAUAUCAGUGCUUUGGCGUGCAUUGUUUUCAUUGUCAGUUGAUCAGAUUUGAGUCACAAAAAGCCAUGUCUGACUGGUGUUCUGCUUUUGAUAUAUUCUGUUUUUGUAUGAUGAAUAUGUAUGUGCCUCUACGCAUGUCUUUUGGUAUAUACUGUGGAAAUUAAGUGUGUGAAUGUCUUUGAAAGCUUAGCCUUGCACUUCUUUCUUACCCUGUAAAUAAGCUGUAUUUCUCUAGAAAGUCAUUUGCAUCCCAUUUUCUCUCUCUCUAAUAGCAUUCAGACCUGAAUGCAUUUUUUUCCCCUUUUGGAAUACAGCACACUCCUAUUGUGCUGGAUCCUUUCAUGGUGUGUUUUAUGUUCGUUGUCCUCCUGUCUGAUUUUAAUAGCUAUGAAGACACCACUUCAUACUGCUGCACUGUUACCUUGAAGAAUCCUUUUGUUUUUGCUCUUUUUUUUUUUUGGUGACUUUUUUUGUUAUAGAAAUAUCACACAGAUAUGGCUCACUGGUAUUGUUGCUUAGAUUUCUAUCUCACAGAAUCGUCAGAAAUGAUUUAUAUUCAUUGCAGCACUCUCUGUUCAUGAUGGUGUUUAAUGUGCCAAUGAAUCUGUUAUUGCUUCAGUGAUGGUACUACUAAAAGAUGAAUUCAGAGACAGAAUAUCAGAAGUGACAAGUUGAUUAUAAAUGACCUGACUUGUAAACAUGUUACUGGUGAGAUUUAACCGCAACGACCCUAAAUAUGAACCUUCUAACUGUUGACUUGGCAUUACUGACCUGGUCUCAUCAUGCACUGCCUGAAUCAACACUGUAUAUACUGUAGCUGAAAACACUGGCUAUGUUUACAUGCAUUGAGGUGUCUGCUGUUAAUGUGGUUAUUCUGGUAUUGUGUUGACUUUUGGAAAUGUUAUAAUUCAGAGUAACCGGGGUGAACCUCUACUCCAGUUCGGGGACACACGUGCAAGACACCUCCCUUUUUGUGCAGGGUUAAAAACUGGUUGGGAACAAGAUUGAAACUCUCAUGCAUAAGACUCACUUUGCAGAUGUAGUCUAAUGGUGCAUUGAAAGGCUUCUUAAUAGGCUAUUUAUCCAGUUGGCAAAUGAAGCCUCUAAGUCUCUCACCAGUCCUUCCUGUGACAUGAGGUUAUAGUCCUAAUCAUCAAAAAGAUGAAAACGAUUAAAACUGGGAUUAUAAUUUAUAAUUUUCCCAUCUGUUACAGAUAACUCAGUAUUGUUCGAACAGGGAGGGAGAAGCUGGAAAGUGAACAGUAUUUUUUUGCUAAAUAGAUUGUCUCAACAUGGAUACUCUGUCACAGAUUAUCAAAGUUGCAUGCAAAUAAAACCUGACUAAGAUAUUAACUGGAAUAUGGCCAGCACUCUGUGUGUGUGUGUGUGUGUGUGUGU